AUGAUAAAAGCCUUUGUUCAACAGGAGUUGGAAUUGGAAGAAGAAAAACUGUCGCAGAAAAGGGCCCAGAUCCAUGAAGCUGAUGUGUCCCUGCAGAGUGUCCUCCAGCAGAAAAAGCAUGUCGCUCUGGAGCUGGAGACUUUUCGGGAGGCCCUGGAGAAGAGCCAGAGGGAGGCAAGGAGGCUGCAGUUGCACGUGGAAGAGAAACGGAGCCAAGCGGAUGAGGCCAGGGCUGAUCUGUUGCUCCUGGAGUACAAGCGGGAAGCCUGCCUGAGGGACUUGCUGGCGCUGGGGCAGGAGCUGAGCAUGCUGAGGACCCAGAGGAGCCAGCAUGGGGCUGCCCAGGCAGACGUGUCUCGGUUAGCCGCCGAGAAGGAGGAGCUGAAGUUCCAGGUGAGCCAACUGGAGGGCAAGCUGUCUUCCUUGAAGCAUCAGCUGAGGUCCUCCAGAGUAGAGCUGGCCUCUGUGAAGGAAACCUCAGGGGACGGAGCAGAACCACUGCAGGAGGUUGCUGCAGGGGCCAGUGAGGCAGGCGUGCGGCAGGGGCUGGAGCGGAGGAUCUCAGCUCUGCAGGCAACCCUUGAGGAGAAGGAGCUGGAGCUCUCGAGGCUGCGCCAGACCACCUCUGCCUUGGAGGCUGAAAAGGCAUCUUGGAGCGUCACUGCGGAGAGCCUGGCAAAGGAGCGCAAGAAGCAGCUGGACUCGUUGCGGCAACAGAAGGAGGAAGAACUUACUCAGCUGCAGGAAGAGCUGGAGGGCAAAAAGCAGCAAGCCCUGCGAGAGCUUGCAGAGAGCCUGAAGCAGGCAAAAGCCAGAGCCCUCCAGGAGCAAGCGGCCAAAUUUCAGAAAGAGACAGAUGACCUUCGCAAGACCAUAAAGGAGCGAGAUGCUGAAAUUGCCCGGCAGCGGAAAUCUAUGGAACAGCAAGCCAAGGAGCUAAAGCAGGAAGCUCAGGAAAUGGCUCAGAAAUCACUGCUCCAGGAACAGAAGAGCCGGGAGGCCGAGACGAGGGCCGCCCUCCAGAUGCAGCGCAAGGCCCUGGAGGAGCAGGAGCGGAAGAUGCAGGAGGAACGCCAGGAAGCCCUGGAGAAGGAGAGGAAACUCAGCCUGGCCUUGCGGGACGAAGCAGCCGACCUCCGCAAGAGGAUCCAGGUGUUGGAGGGCGAGGCUCGGGAGAAGAAGGGGGCCAUGGAAGACCUCCGGGCUCUGCUGCGGGCGGAGAAGGCAGAAGCCCUGAGGAGGCUGCGAGAGGAGCUGGAGUUGGAAAAGCUUCAGGAGAAGGAAAUGUGGCGAAUGCAGUUGCAGCGGAUGGAGGAGGAGCAGCGCCUCCUGCUGGCCGAGCAGCGCGAGACGUCCCAGGCACAGACUGCAAGGGCUGACGGCUCUCUGGCCAGGGAGGUUGCCUUAGCAUGCCAGAGACUCCGGGACCUGCUACCCCAAAAGGCCGGCCUGCCCCAGAUGCUGCAAGGGAAGCCAGCCCUCCUCUCCUCCAGCCAUGCCCUCCGGGCCUUGCAAGAAGUGACAGAAGAAACUCAGCGCUACCUCCGAGAACUAAAGCACGAGGCAGAGGCGCAGAGGCACCAGGCCCUUCAGAUCCAGAGGGAGAAGGAGCGGGAGCUGAGGCAGCAGCAGCAGAAGCUUCACCUGGAGAACCAGUCAGCUCUGGAUGCUCUGAAGGAGCAACUAGUCCAGGAGCACCUGGAAGACAUUGCCACCUUGCAGAGCAGCUGGGUGAAGGAGACGGCGGGGAAGGAAGACGCAUCGCUGCGCCAGCAGCUGCAGAAGGACGGCGAGCAGCAAAGCCAGAAAAGUGUGGCCUCUUGGAAGGGCAGGACAUCCUGCCAACUGGCCAGUGAGUUUAAGGAGGAGCUGGAGGCGGAGGUGGAGAGGCGCCUGUCCAGAGACAAGCCCAUGGAUUUUCACAGGAACCUGGAGGCAUCCGGUUUGGAUUUCAGACAGUUCUGCAUGGGCCGAAACGAAUACCUGCACCCCGGCCCACUCUGUUCUCCGGCGCUGAAUGCAGACCCUUUCUCCAGCCAGCGCCUCUUCAGCACCCCAAGACUGCUGCUGCAACUGCAGAGACGAAUCCGAGAACUGAGGGCAGAGAAUGCCAUGUAUUGCAGAGCCAGCGCAAGCAGCUGUGGCCGUCUGCGGGGGGAUCUCACCUACAGAAGCAAGAGGCACCCGACAGCGGAGCUCUCCUCCUCUCAGCUGCACAGUAAGAGCAGCUGGAAGUAGAACAGUCUGAGUGGGACAGAGGAGUCACAACAGCGAGGAAGUCGGAAAAGCUUCACUCAGUAAUGGUGUUUUGUGCAGAGUACAGCAGAGGAAGGAAUAACCGUGACUGGAAGAGCAGAUUUCGAAGCCGCUGGUUUGAGGACAUCACAAGAGCUCUGAAGCUGGAAGUCCAACUAGCCCAGCAUCCUGUUCUCACACUGGGCAACUAGAUGUCUCUGGUGGCCAAUUGGAUGUUUCUGGGAAACCU